AUGGACAGGCCGCCGUACCCAUUCAAAAAACAGCCGCCGAACAAAGCCCAAAAGAGACCAACUGCACGAACCCUUCGCCAGCUUGUCAAUGCUGAGUGCCAAUACCACUGGCCUCCCGGUUCCGUCCUCUACAACCAAAUUGAGGCACCGCCCAGCCUCAGGCCCGGGAUAAAGGUGUCAGACAUCAGCGGACUUCCGACCACUUUGCAGGAGCCUGUUACCAAGCUGCGCUAUGCCAGUGCCGAAGAAUACCGUGUAAUCAAGGACCUCCCAGCUGACAUCGUAAAAGGAUACCUGCUACUUCGGAACGCACAUUCAGAUACGCUAAUUUGA